AUGAGCAAGGCAACGCACGCGAUUCUCGUCGCCUUGAAGCGCGUCAAAAAGGCGAUCCUCGCAAGCCUCGUAGGCGUCGUGAAAAAUGGCAAGAAGAUUGCCAACGCGGCGUGCCUGGUCGGCGUCGGGGCCGUCGUCUUCAUCAUUGCUCCGAUGGCUGCUGCUGCGCCUGUCCUGGCGGCUGCUGGCUUCAGCAACGCAGGCCCCGUCGCCGGCUCGCUCGCUGCGGGCGUCCAGGCGGGCAUCGGCAACGUGGCAGCUGGAAGCACCUUCGCCGUCGUCCAGAGCGCCGCCAUGGGAGGAGCUGGAGCUGCGACGGUUGCUGGUGCUGUCCAGGCCGUCGGUGCUGGUGUUCUAGCGGCUGCAGUCAGUGUUCUGGGCUGGAUGAAGUCCAAGUUUUGA